GGGCGGAAGGGAGGAGGGGUGGGUCACGUGACUUCCCGCGAGCCCUGCCGGGGCGUGGGGCGGUCGGCAGUGAGAACCGAGAUGACUUAAGCUACCGUCCAGCCCCUGAGGCCAAGGGCAGGAGCGGGAAGGGAGGCCAGAAGGAUGGCUAUGCCUGGGAGCUUACGGAGGCAACCUGGAAACAGGGCCCUUACGUCCAUUUGCACUCAUCAUCACAUUGCUGUGUUCCUGCUUACCUUUUUCAGUUACUCCCUGCUCCAUGCUUCCAGAAAGACUUUCAGCAAUGUCAAGGUCAGCAUUUCUAGCCAGUGGACCCCUACUUUCCUCAACAGCACUGCCGUGGAACUCCAGCCAUAUGAGCUCUGGAACAGUAGCCAUUUAUUUUCUACUGCGGAAGAAGCCACUCUUUUCCUGGGGACUUUGGACACUAUCUUUCUCUUUUCCUAUGCUGUGGGUCUCUUUGUCAGUGGCAUAGUUGGAGAUCGCCUGAACUUACGCUGGGUUUUGUCUUUUGGCAUGUGCUCCUCUGCACUGGUGGUAUUUUUGUUCGGUACUGUCACAGAAUGGCUGCACUUCUACAACAAGUGGUUCUACUGCUGCUUAUGGGUCCUGAAUGGCUUGUUGCAGUCCACCGGCUGGCCCUGCGUUGUUGCUGUCAUGGGAAACUGGUUUGGAAAAGCUGGGAGGGGCUUUGUUUUUGGACUCUGGAGUGCCUGUGCAUCGGUGGGGAACAUUCUGGGAGCCUUCCUUGCCUCCUGUGUGCUGAAGUAUGGCUAUGAGUAUGCUUUCCUGGUGACCACUUCAGUGCAGUUUGCUGGAGGAGGAGUUGUUUUCUUUGGGCUUAUAACAUCCCCUAAGGAAGUGGGCCUCCCUGAGCUUGAUGCAGAAGAGAAGAGUGUUGCGGAAGAAGAUGCCAACAGACCCUUAAUGAGCAGUGAAGAUGUGGAUGACUAUGACCGAAAUUAUUCCAUUCAGGCAUCUGACAGUAGCAUUCAGCCCAAGGCCAUUGGCUUUUUCCAAGCUUGUUGCCUACCAGGUGUCAUAUUGUAUUCUUUGGCCUAUGCCUGCUUGAAACUAGUAAAUUACUCCUUCUUCUUCUGGCUGCCCUUCUACCUCAGCAACAACUUUGGAUGGAAAGAGGCUGAAGCUGACCAACUCUCGAUUUGGUACGAUGUGGGAGGAAUUAUAGGUGGGACCAUCCAAGGCUUGAUUUCUGACAUGCUACAGAAGAGAGCCCCAGUGCUAGCAGUCAGUCUGCUCUUGGCUGUAGGGGCUCUCUUUGGAUACAGUCGUUCUCCUGACAGCAAACCCAUAAAUGCAGUUAUCAUGGCAGUUACAGGCUUUUUCAUUGGAGGCCCUUCUAACAUGAUCAGUUCUGCAAUUUCUGCGGACUUGGGACGUCAGGAGCUGGUCAGAGGGAGUAGUGAGGCACUGGCAACCGUUACUGGAAUUGUGGAUGGAACUGGUAGCAUCGGAGCUGCAGUGGGCCAGUAUCUGGUGUCUCUGAUCCAGGACAACCUGGGAUGGAUGUGGGUUUUCUAUUUCUUUAUUCUGAUGAUAAGUUCAACAAUCCUGUUCAUUUCACCCUUAGUAGUGAGGGAAAUCAGAUUGCUUCUGCAAGAGAGACAUUUGCGUAUUCUGACUGGAUGACUCAUGCCUCCCUCAAAAACUGUCCAGGGGAAAUCGCCAACUGGGAGAUCAGUCAAAACUCUGGAAGGUUUUAUGGGAGUUUUUUUUUUCCACCUGCACCCAAAAUCAUGCUAACUGAAAAGAUUGUAUUGAGUUGCCUUUGAGAACUUGAUGUUACAGUAUCCAAAUAGCCAAAUGGAUCAUGGAGCUACUAUUCUGAACUCGAGGAACUGAAUUGGCCUUCAAACCCUACCAGAGCUUUUCAAGUCAGCAAGCACUUUCUAAUCCCUUCCCUCCUCUUUUGUGUUUUCAUUGCUGCACUCUUUCCUGGCUUUUCUUGUGGAUGUCCUGCCAAGAGUCAAAUAUAUUUAAAAUUGAAGAUGGAAAACCUGUCCACACAGGGUAACUCUGCUGGGGAAAAGAGGUGGUUCAUGUCAUGAAUAGUCUAAAUUUGUAAACAUGGAUUUUGCUUCUGUGUUUAGAAUGGGUAACAUGAUUUUUUUGGGAUUUUACUUCCCAGAUGUCUUGGAAAUAGCUUUGCUAAGUCCUUCCACAGAUUAACCUCUGCUGCCCUCUGCUAAUAUAUUUCAUAUUUAGAUUAUUUCUCUAUUUCUGCAUACUUGAUCUGUUUUUUAAUUAUUACUGAAGUCUGGAAAAUUGGAUUGAAAUGUCAGAACAUUUUAGUAGUCAAAUAUUAUAGAAUAGUGAAGUAAUACUUUAUCAUGAACAUCUGCAUAGAAGAUAUUUAGUCCACAAGAUUACUUGGAUGGCUUUGGGAUCAGGAAUGAGAUGCAGAUACUUUCAGUACCAAGUUGUCUUUAUGAAUCUAUAGCUGAUGGACACCGCCCAAAAGUCAUCACUGUGGGUAUCUAAUGUUUGUCUGAUGACCUUUCUGAAAGAAGCACCAUCACUGUUCAGUUUUCCUUGAACAGUUAUCUGUAUCUCGGUUGUCCAGGCCUGGCAGAGAAGAUCCGGGAUUGAAUGAAAUGAGCUUGUCCUUUGACACGGUCCUUGCAGACUUUUGUAGUACAUUAGCAAGGCAGCAUAAGGAAACCUGUGCAGCUCUUGCCCGUGCUUCCCUGGCUCUUUAGGAGAAAAGAGAACUUCAGAUUCCAUGGUUCAUAAUUGGCAACAUAGUUUAUUAGAAAAAUAGAGGUAAGCCAGCUACAAAAACAAGUAAUUCUAUUUUACAUAGCUUUUUUAUGUGACACUUGCUACAUUUGUAUCUGAGCAGCUUCUAGUUGUGUAUUAAGAAAUGCAGCUAACAUCUGUCAUUUAUCUGUUAAUUAAGCUGUUUGCCAGUCACCUCCUGAACCAGAUCAAUGAUCCAGUUGCUCAGCUGUGCAAUGUUUCCCUCACCCCCCCCCCCCCCCAUUUUCUGCCUGUAGAUAACUCCUGUUGGCUCCAAAAAAUUCAUUUGAAUAAGACUUCAGUGAAAUAUUUAGUCCAAUUAAUCAUUGUUGCCAGGAUGGAAAAUUUCUUAAAUAACUGAAACCUUGAAAAGGACUUUUUCAAGUAGAAAUUUUGUCUUUUUUUAAACAUAAUGUACAGUAAUUUUUUUUUUUUAAACUUACGAAUGCAAAUGGUGGUUGUGAUGAGUGGAGCAUUGUUAGUGUCUUGCAGUUUCUCUGUAGUCAGUUGUUGCCCAGUGAUUGUUUGUUACUCCUUGCUAUGCCAACCAGUUUCACAACUUCAUUUCCUGGGAUUAUGCAGUUGCACUGUUCUACUGUUUUUCAUCAAGUUUGCUUCCUCUUUAUGGAUGAUUUCUGCUUUCAGAUCUCCUUUUCUCUUCUUUCACUUAACCAUCAAACUUCAGUAAUUGAGGAGAAUUUGCAGUUAAUCAUACUAGGGAUAUACUAGGAGGACUUUGUCCUCUUGUUCAAAUUUUUGCCAUUAUAAAUAGGAGUGAUCAUGAGAGACUGGGGACCUGAUAUGUGCCCUCAGUUUAUUGCAAGAUUGCAGCCUUCAGUUAGUUGUUCAAAUCCCAAGCUUGGCAUUAGUCAGUUUUCCAACGGAAGCAAACUGCUUGAAUUUCAUGUUUGAAAUGGAUGGUGGCAGUCUGUGUGUUCAUCUGAAAAUUUUGAGGUUUUGGAUUCCAAUCCCAGAUAAACAUUUUGGUUAACCAUCCAGGGGCCAAAUACAUUUUUAUGGAAACAAACAUUUGAAGAUUUUAGUGUAAAUCAGUACAGUUGACGUGAAGUGUUCCCUUUUGCAAAAAUAUCAAAUAGGCUGCCAAGGCUCCAUCUACACACUAACUCCUGUUCACAUGUGUUCUUGGAGCAUGGUCUGUUUUGUGGUUAGAACUUGGCUGGCUACACAUUCUUUCUUCUGUCUAAGUCUUUAAAUAUAUUUAUCGUGGGCCCUCUCGUGCUAUGCAUUUCCUCAAGCAGUACAGAUGGGGAGUGCUUUGAUUCUGACCAAUAUCCAAAUCAAUUUCACAUAAAUAAAUUAUUUUUGGUGAAUUGA